AUGAUCCAUGACGAACAAGAAGAUCUGAUGGCCGGAGGAUCUAGCUUGGCCAAUGGGAAUUCCGGACGGUUCAGGCGGCCACGAGGGAAGUGCGCCACGAGGGACAAGGAACAUAUUGGCCACUGGGGCCUUUGCGCAACUUUACCCAAAUGUGGUAAGUCGCUGGAGAGGGAACCCGCGGAGACCGCGGGAGCCGACUAA